UUCUGCAUCCAAAAUCAAAUCGAGAAAAAAUGCAUUCCAUGCAAAAAAAUUUCUUCCUUUGAUUUUUUCUAGUUUUUACCAUAAAUUUUAUACACAAAACUAUACAAAUUGUAAAAAAAAAAGAAAACAAUACAACACAAACUUAAAGUUUUUAUUAAUAUAAAAAUUACUUUUCUAUAAAUCGUAAAAAAAGUAAGGUGAAAAGAAAAUGAUACAGUACCACGGAAGAGGUCUUCCAGCUGGCUUCGAAGAUGACAGCAAUGAAGACGAGGAUUUUGAGUCAUUGGAAAUUUUCACUCAAAAUCUGAAAAUUACCGUUGUUCCAAAUAUAACAAAAUCGGCUGGCCUAAAUGGCGAAGAUUUUGAUGCCCAAUUGCCAAUGGCAUUGGAAACAUGGUUCUCUUCAUAUCAAACCAUGUGGAAUUCAUAUAAGAGCACUCCAAGCUUGAGUCAAAACUUAAAAGCCGUCUAUUUAAAUGAUGAAAAUCCAUUGAUGUUGGCACUUAAACUAUUUGCCAAUUGUCCAGGAUGCAAUAAUUUGAAGAACAAGAAUUUGGCAUUAUUCGUUCUUGAAACGAUUUGUGCUUUACACAAGAGCAACCCCGAAAUCGCCAAUUCGUGCAAUGACAACAUGCGAAUGGUUGCAUUUAAUUUUAUCAAGACAUCGGGAGUCUUGCCACUUUACAAAGGCAUCACAAUCGCCUAUCAAUUAACCAAAAUCAAGGAUAUUCUUGUGACAAAAAUCCAAGAGCUCAUCGACGAGAAGCGCUACAAAGAUGCAGCAUAUUGGGCUAUCUUCUUGGAGGCUACUCAGUCCUUUGAUAUUUAUCAAAUAGUGUUGCCGUUAAUUUUGCAGAACAAACCGAAUCUUGCUGUUGAAUGUCUGGAUAAAACCAAAGAUCAGCAGGAGGCAAUAGUGCAGUUUCUUGACUCGCUAUUGGACAAACGAAAGACUGUGAUCGAUCAUUGUUAUCCGAUCAUUGAACGUUAUGGAUACACUGAACUGAAUCAAUCCAUAAUAAGUUUCCGGCCAAUGUCGAAACUUGUAGCUCGCCUCGCCAAAAAAUACCAAAUCGAUGAUCAACUUACUCCGAAUCUGAGUUAUUCGAAAUCUCGUUCAUACAUGUACUACCUCUAUAAGCGUUUCAAAGAUGGCGAAAUGAGUCGUGACUCAUUUCGUGAGCUUGUGAAAGAUGCAGCAACCACAACGGUUUUGAAAUAUGAUCUUGUGGCGAAUAUUUCGUCGCAUGGUGACCGAGAAGAGGCUCUCUAUUGGGUCAAAUUAUAUCAAAUCCCCACCGAGCAGUGGCCACCAACCCUUUAUGUCGAUGAUAGCGACCAUAAUACAAGUAGUGACACAGUCGACGGAGGUUGGGGUGGCGGUGGUGGAUGUGGUUCAGUGUGCGAUGACCUUCCAUCGAAUAAUUCCAAUGAUGCCUCUCCAUCGGGAAUCAAAGAUGAUUAUCUUCAAUUGGAAUUGAGAGAUGAAGCUAUUAUUCUUGUCGAUCGCAAGUCAACUUUCACCGAUAUGAUACGGACUCUAGAAAAACACAGUUUAAUUGGUUUCGAUUCUGAGUGGAAGCCUUCAGCUUGUCAAGUGGAAACUGUUAGUUUACUUCAAUUGGCAACAUUUGAUAAAGUUUAUCUCAUUGAUGUCAUGUCAGAAGAUAUAACUGAUGAUUUGUGGAGACUUUUUGGCCGAAAUAUAUUCAAUAAUUUGGAAAUUUUGAAAAUUGGAUUUGCCCUCCAACAAGACUUAUUGAUGUUGCAAAAAAGCUUGCCACAAAUGAAUUUGUGUUUGUCCAGUGGAUCGUGUUAUCUGGAUUUGAAGGAUUUGUGGAAACGAUUGAAAUAUAUGCAAUCGUUUAGUUUUCCAUAUAAAAGAGCUGCUAAAUCGGGAACUAGCUUAAGUGCUUUAUCACAAGUUUGUUUGGGAAAAACAUUGGACAAAUCAAAUCAAUUAUCCAACUGGGCCAAAAGACCAUUACGUCGGGAUCAAAUUAUCUAUGCAGCCCUCGAUGCCUACUGCUUGGUACAAAUCUACAGAGUAAUAGCCGAAUCUUUAACCCGCUUAGGUUAUGACAUUGAUCAAAUUGUCGAUCAAAUAACAUCGACAAAUAGUACAAAACCCGAGAAAUCGAUUAACAAACAAUUAGAAAGUAGCUCAUCUUCUAGAAUAUCUCGAAAAAGCUCUCGCAAUACCUCCAUGGAGUGUAUUAGUUCAACAAAAAUAAAAUUCAUCUGUGAUUCAAUACUUGGUGGACUUCUUCAUAAUCUACGUCGCCUUGGUAUCGAUUGUUUGGAAAUAAAUUCACGCUCGAGCUUAGACAAUUACGUGCGUAGGGCCCAACAGGAGAAUCGUUGUAUUCUCUCCCGCGAUUCUCAUUUUGUACAUUUGAGCAAACUUCUACCGAAGAGUCUUUGCAUUGAAAUACCCGAAGAUGCCGCCGAUAAUCAAGUUAUUAAUGUGAUUCAGUACUUUAAUAUUUCAAUAAAUAGAAACGAGAUUGUCACACGUUGUCCGAAGUGCAAUGGCAUUGAAUUCAUAUCGGCAUCGGGACAUCAAAUGCGUUUUCUCAAAUUCGGUCCCGAGUCGACAAAAACAUCAUACGGCGCGAGGCCUAAUUCGACUGCAACAAGUGCAAAAGCUAUUAAAUUAGUAUUUAACUCAAAACCAAUAACGGACGAAGUACUUCGAACGGGAAGGACAUUUUCUUCAGCAUUGGUUAAAACCGAUAAAAUAAGCAACAACGCUAUUUACUCACAAACCGACUUUUUUAUAUGUGAUAAAUGUGGUCGAAUCACUUGGCCCGAUGAAUACCGCAUGAGCACCAAAAUUCUAAACUUUAUCCUCGAAGAAUAGCGCGAGCUUGUAGAGGUUUUGUGGUGUAAUCUACGUCACAAACGAGUAGAGCAAGUGAUAAAAAGUAUUUUUAAAUAGUGGAUUAUUUAAUUUGGUCAUGUUUUUUUUAUAUAUAUAUAUAUAUAUUAUAUUUACUAUUCAUAUAUAAAUCUCAUUAUUUAAUUUUGUAAUGUAGUACAAAAGACAAAAAAGAGAAAAAAAACACACAAUUGAACAUACAUAUGUAUAAGAGAUAUAAAAA